ACUACCCUCGCAGCACGCUCCUAUGAUGGGUCCUAAUAACGGCAAAUACGCCACCCUAAGUAAACAGUGCAAAACACUCGAAUCGAAUGAUUUCUACUGAGAAUCGCCUGCCUGCAAUAUGUCUGCAGGCAGCAAUAAGCUAGAUAAGAAACUGACAGCAUCAUCCGCAACACUAUCCGACAAAGAUCCGCGCGACAUUUCCAACAAUGGCUUUAAUCGCUUUGAUCCUAAGUAUGUGAGCAUAGGACCGAAAGCUAUCCGCAGCACGGUGAACAACGCAACAGCAAAUGUAAACAAGUGUGCGACUCUGCGGCACGGUGGACGUUAUGGUGGUUCACUAAGCGUGAGUGCUGGAAUAGGAGGCAGUGGUGGCCAUCAUGCGGUGGCCGGUUUGGGUAGUGCUCGAUCAGGCACAAGCCCGAGUCCGAAUCUCAAAAACGUUCAGCAGCCAAUGUUGAGCCAAAGCCAAACACAGCAAUACAAGCAGCAUCAUCAGGAUCGGCAGCUGUCGUCCUCAGGUGCUGCUCCGGGAAUGAUCGUCGGUGGCGGUUCAGACCGAACCGAGCAAAAGCUUGCCAUUUCAACCGUGUCGAAAGAGUACAGCCAACAAUCCUACUCGUGCGCCACACUGCCGUACAAGAAGCCCGGAAGCGGCUACACCGAAACAACGACUGCACCGGCAACGGUAACCACAUCGAUACUGAAGAAGGAAAGCAAUCUGGAUAGCCAACAUAACCAGCGUUACGCUCCAACGGUUUACAGCAUCGACACUUCCGCCUACCAUCAUCAGAGGGAAGGCAGUGGAGGUGGCUUUCAUCAUCAUUCGCAACAGUCACAUCAUCAGCAAGCGCUGCCACAAACGCAACAGCCACAACAGUAUCAACAGCAGCAGCAAACACACCACAGAUCGCUGUCGAGCACAAAUCAGUUGUAUCAGGAGACGGGCGCGGGUUCAGUAUUCGCCAGCCCGCCACCAUCGAUUGCGUCAACUGCGACGACACGUUCGAAUGUGUCGAUCAUUAACCAACCGCUACCAGACAUACCAACCAGUGCUGGCGGUGGCGGGAGUAGCAGCGUUGCUGGCAGUUCAAUCAAAAACAGCCAACAACCGCUCUGUGCCGCCACCCUCAAUCAGUAUCGGUCGCUGCAAAGACCACACAAGCAGCAAACCGGUAGCGGCGGUCUGUCCACCCUAACGACCCCAACGGGACUCGGAAAACCCACUAUUCCACCCAAGGUGACCCCACCGAUGUUGCCCCCGAAGAACCGACACAAAGACGAUUCGCAGUACCAGAGCAAAUCGGCAGCGAUGGCGUCCGGUUCGGGCGGAUUCAUCGUUACCCCUCCACUGCCACCCUCACGGCCACAACAACCGUUACCUCAACCACCACCGCCACCACCAAUUCAAUCGCUUCACCAUCACCAUAGCCAGGCAGGAGGACAGCAGGGCAAAUCUUCGUACGGUGGUAGCAGUGGUAUGAGUAUAUCGAGCAAUUUUAAUGCCAUCCAGCAACAGUUGCAAAAUCAGCUUCAUUUCAAGCAGUACCAUCAACUUACGCAGCAACCGUGGCAACGGGAGCAACUACCCCAGCAAUCUGGGCCGAACGUGAACGUAGCAACGAAUAGUAGCACUUUUGCAAAUUACGAUCGUCAGCAGGCGGGUCUCAGUUCUAGCAGUCGCAAUCGUUCGUAUUCCGGUGGAAGUAGUAGCAUCGACCAGCCACCACACUCCAAACCGAGCAAUAUUGAAAAGGCCAAGAGCCAUCACCAUUCGUCGUCUGCAGCCGCUCCAGCCCCCAGUGGAGGAGGAUCAAUGGUGGCGAAUUAUCAAACUCUUCCGAAAAAUCACCAUCAUCACCAUAACCCGCAGCAGCAAUUUCAGCAGCAACAACAGCAGCAGCAACAGCAACAGUACCUACAACAAGGUCAAUCGAGUUCGUUCGGUUCCACGAGCAGUGCUGGUCAACAUCAGCCGCAACCGAAAAGCAUCCUCAGCAAAACACGUCCCAACGAAACACGAGAACGGGAGCAGCGUGAACGUGAAAGGGAGCAACGGGAAAAGGAUCGGGAUCGUGAUCACCAUCGCGAGCGAGAUCGGGAUCGUGAUCGAGAUCGGGAUCGAGAUCGUGAUCGGGAUCGUGAUAGAGAUCGAGAUCGGGACCGUGAUCGAGACCGUGAUCGAGACCGCGAUCGGGAUCGAGAUCGGGAACGAGACAGAGAUCGGGACCGCGAUCGAGAUCGGGAGCGAAAUCGAGACCGCGAACAUCGUGAACGAGACCGCGAACGUGACAGGGACAGAGAACAUCGAGAACGGGAUCGUGAACGGGAAAAGGAUCAAGACCGAGAACGUGACCGCACCGAACGGAGUCACCAUCAUCGAUCUAGUCAUGAGUAUCAUCACGAUUCUAGCCACGGUACGCAAACCAACAGCAAAAAUCCGAACGUGUACUAUCGUUCGCUGCAGCGUGGUGGUUUGCAAGCGAAUAAUGAUCUCUACUCUGUAACAGAAUUGUGAGAAAGGUUUGAUUUUUAAGUUUGUUCUUAUGCAGCUUAAGUUCGACUUAAUCAACCCAUCUUUCAACUGCUACUACUACCAGUACUACUACUACUACUACUAAUGCAACUAUUAUUCGAUUCGGAGCGAUUAAAUUGUAGCGAUAUGUAUCGCGACCGCACGCACAAUAGAGAGCAGGCUUCUCAUAGCGUGUCGGAGAUGUCGCGUGUGCUAGAGUUUUCUUUUCGAUUGUUUCUUUGUCUACCGAAUGUAUCUUUCUCUAAGCGUUCUCUUAUAUUAAAACCGAAUUUCUUAUCUGAUAUAGAACACAACAAAUGCUCAUACGUAACAAAACGUAACUCGGAUGGCACAAUUUCUUUCUCUGCAAUUUGGGGAAAGGCCUACCAGCAAUAGUAUAGAGAGUUAAGGAAAUUCAAGCGUAAAGAGGUCUAUGCAAAUUUUAAUACAGUCUUACUAGGGACAAACAAUCGGCAGAGUUAAGUGUGUUGUCUAUGCGUAGACAUUUUAUUGUCUAGGUAAACUGACUGUGGCCAAAAAGGAUCGCAACGUAGACUCACGAUUGAACAAAUAUCGACCUGUAACGAUAAUGUCACCAACAAGGUACGGAAGCAUAAAAAUCUAUCAAACCAAUAUUCAAUUUUUACACAAGCUAUUGUUGAUAAAAAAAAAUGUCAUGACUGUACAUAGAAAGCAAAGGAAAUACAAGCGGAAAAAGACUCCAAAAGGGGGGGCGAAAACUUUUACUGUUAAUGUUAUUCAAUACUGUCUUUUCAGACUAAUGUAGUGCAACCACAAAAUAAACAACGUAAAUAAGGAAGAUCUCUUUACUCUACAAAAAAAAUAGAAACUUCAACCUAAACUCGCCAAAAAGUAAACAAACAAACAUGAAAUGAAUUCAUUGCAAGUUGCACGAAAAGAGUUUCUAAAAAUAGGAACUCAAGAAAAAAAAAAUAGUUUUGCACAGUUAUGAAACAUUAAAAAAAAUCUCAAUCGAGACAUUCCUCCAACAGGAUAUGAAUAAACAUGGCAAAGACACGGGAAAUGUAUAGUUGUUUAGAAACGAGUUAAGCAAAAUGUAAGCAAAAACAGGUCAAGAUUUUCCAACAGGAGUGCACGCAAAGUGAAAAAGUUUAAAGAAAAAAAAAUACAGCAAAUGAGAUCUAAUAUGGCGAAUUAAGAGAGAUAAAGCAUGAACACUUGAUAUACAAAAUUAUGCCUAGAGUGAAAACGUACAUUAUAACACUACCAAUUGGGAAACAGUUACAAGGUGGAAAUUUAGAAAGGCGGAAUGUCAUUUCCUUUCUUUGGUUGCGAAUAUUUUCCAUAAAGUUUCCACUAUAUUUCUAUAUUUUCAUACUGCUGUUAAUGCUUUCCUUUUUUAUGCACAUGUAAAAUCAUAUCCUUGUUACCACUAUCUCUACUAGACACCCAAAACCUUUUCUUUCUUUGCCCUGCAGAGUAUUUGUCAGUUUUCUUAUCUAGUUUAUUUGUUUGCAGUAAAUGUUUUUAAUUUGUUUAGUUCCAUGUUCCAAAUACUAUAUAAUGAGAAUACUAUGUGUAAGUGGAAAUGAAAAGCGGCGAAGAGUAAAUGAAUGGAGGCAAGCCGAAAUUUUUAUACCAAAUCUCGUUAAGCAACAUGAAGGAAAAGUAAUAUAGAACUUUAAAGAAUAACUAAGGCGUAUCAGCGCUUAUAAGUAUGAAUCAAUUCCACGAUACAUGAGAGACUACAAACCGCGGUAGCGAAUAAGGGAUAGGAACACUCUUACAGUACACAAACACGAAAUCGAUUUUUCAAACACAUACACACACACGCCCGUCGAGCCUACACCAGGUAGGUGGACAGAAUGGCAAGUAAUAACAUAUGAUGCAUUAAUUAAUUCUCGAAACAAAUCAAAUUCUAAUCAUAGUUGAUGAAAGCCAACACACAAGGAAAUCUCGUUGAAAGCAUUACAUAAACAAAGCGAUAGGCACAUGUAUCGUAAAAUUAUAUUAAGCAUAUAAUAAAGCAUUGAAACAUUACAACGUUACAACAGGUAAUAGAAGCGAGGACGAGGGUUUGAUGAUGGUCACAACAUAGUUUAGGCUGUUAGUCACACGGGAACCCCUUUUGCAAAUGUGAGAAAUGACGCGGUAUUAAGUAGAAACGGGAAGAUGGAAAAACACUGUUCGUUAGAAAGCGAAAACUAGGUAUAAACAAUGGAAAACGAUUUACAAGAAGAACAAAAAAACACAUAAAACGUAGUAGCGGAUUAGUACUGGAAGUAAAAUCCGAUAGUAAUCAAAAUUUUCCCUUCACUUACCCUUACAGCAUUACACAUACACCCAAGUCAGCAAAGAUAGGGAAUUAAUUUAGCUCAAAUUAAAGGGAAUGAAAACAGAAUGAUUCAAAUGCAACGGACGCCGUAGUUGAUUGAGCCACAUCGUUUUGUUUAUUUCAAAGCCAUGCUAAAAUGUACAGUUGCAGUUGCUAGUUAGAGUCAAGUUAAUGGUUAGUGCUGAUCACCAUCUUCACAAAUUUCAAAAAGAUUCCUUUUACGCGAAGGUAAUACUUGACGGUAGCGUGAUGCAACUGAAUGUUUAUUGUUUUGUUUUUAAAUUUUCUCAAAUUAAAGACCGAAUUAAACUUAAACAAGGAAUUUUUUUUAACAACAAAUUCUAACGUGUUGUUGGAUACAGUUGAUGUAAUACAAAUUAGAACGGAUAACCAGUCGGGAAGAGGAAUUUUUGAAAAGUGAAAGUGAAAGCAAAGUGAAGACAUACUUACUGCAAGCAAGCCAGCAUUUUUCGGGUCAAUUUACUAAUGUAUAAGAAUGGGAUGAAAUGUAAAAAAAAGGAAUCUAUUAAAACAUAAAAACGAGCGGGAUGAACGCGCAGUGUUUGCUGAAUUGGGUUGUAUUGUUUUAGUAAGCAAUAGUUAUGCAUUUUAAUUAUAAAUAGAAGGCUCAAUAUUUAUAAACGUUUUCUUUCCGCACUACGUUUGCCGUCUUGAACACCGCUCCUCCCCCCAUCCAGUAACAAUACCUUUGCCCAUAAUGAUGCCACAGCCUAGCGCGAUUUUACAGUAUUUUAAAUUGACUUCAAACAUGGACCGAGUGAUACACCGUGUCCGUAGGCAAACGACAAUGAUUUUAUAGCAUUUUGUUCGCCAAAUAGAGAACGAAACAAAGCGCGUAAACCGUGUGUGCUUAUGUUAAAAGUUGUAAUAAAACAGAUGUUCUAAUGCUUAAGUUGCACCGAGAGUAGACUGAAACGAAGAGUUAACGAAGCAAAUGGAAAGUAUGAUAGAUACAAUGAAAAGAUCAAGCGAAUGAUUGAAAUCCAAACCCAAAUAGAUAACGUACCGAAUGCAGAUAGCAUUGAACUUAUUGAGUUGCAGUUUAAAUUUUAAUCAAUCAGUACAUUAAAAUGUUCAUAAGUUUCGUAAAUUAGCACACUUUGGCAAAUACUAACAUAACAACAAAAACAAACACACCAACUGAGCUUUUCGAUAUCAGGCAAUGUUGCAUAGGGAGCAAAGAACACGCACAAUAUAUUUGAAACGGUUUUUAAGUUUUCCGUUUAUAGUCUGUAUGAAGAGAGAAAAAAUGUAACUCAAUCUUUCGCUUUGGUUGUACGAUUCAAACCUUAUAAAUGAACGCAUGUUCAUAAAGCUGCAGGGUGACAUUAAUCAUAUUUUAUUUUAAUUUUUAAGAAUACAAAAUCCUACGUUAUUAUUCUGCUCAGUGGAAAUACAGUAAGAUGAAUAACGCAAACAAAGCGGAUAGAGCCAACGACAAAGUAAACUUAUAAAGAAAAUAUGUAAGGAAAACAAAAAUAGCAACUCCUGUCGGGAUGCACUUGGUAACAGUUUGAGGAAAAUGUAGAAUAUGUCAAAACUUUUAGGACUUAUUAGUAUUACGAUAUAAAAAAAGACGAAAGAGCUGAUUUUCCAUUAAGUAAAGCAGCAGUUAUUUGUAUCAGCACCCGACGGUGAAUGAUGAAAUGAUGGUGUGUGAAGUACUCGAAUGGACCUCUUUGAUAGGCUCACGUGGCGCAUCCUUGAUUGCAUUUUACAUUAACUUAUGGACAGGGUGCGCAAAGUAGGAAAUGAAACCAAGUGUGUGUGUGUGUGUGUAAGUGUGUGUAAGUGUGUGGUCGUUACGGUAGACCGAUUGUUUAUGCUGUGUGAUGUUGCUAGUUACAUGAAGGGUGCCAUCUUGAUUAGAAAUGAAAACAUAUAAUCGUAAUAUAGAACACGCAGAACGUGAAAUAAUAUGCGCCAAUCACACAUACAUACACACACGGACACAUACACAUAUAAAUAUAUAUAUACAUAAAUAACACCGCCACGCACAGAUGAUAUAAAGUGGAGCGCGCCUAUAUUCAGCUCUCGGUUCUGUUAAGUUUAGUGCUGGUUGUACACGAUGAUUUUUUCCUGUUUUCCAUUUCAGUAGUUAGUUGGUAUAGAUUAAGCUCAUACAUUACUUGUGCUUCAAUACAGUCAGCAUAAGGGCAGAAAAUUAAUUUCCAACAGUGGAUUUCAAUUGCAAUAUUACGUUUCCAAGAUCCAUGGAAAACCCGAAGCAGGAACACUUGCACGCAUACAUACACACCCGUGAACCGAUUUUCCGUUAGUCAGCAAAGAAUCGGUAUUUAUUUAACGUACACUUCACUUGGCCGUGCAUCACUUUAUCUGCCGAAUCGAUUAGUGUUUCAUAUUUAGUCAGUUUUACUUCCAUAAAGAAAACACGAGAACACACGAUUGUGAAAAGGAUUAAUAAACAAAUCAAAAUAA